ACACACAGCGCACAUACACACACACACACACACAGAUCCUGGACUACUUGGCUGAAUCCUAGUGGAAUUUGAAUCAGUUUUGGACUAGCGGAUCUGUCUCUCUCUCCCUGUCUUUGUCUCUGUCAGCUGGGUUCUCCUUGAAGCGUCUCUCCUCCUCCUCCACCUCCGUGUGUGUGUGUGUGUGUGUGUGUGUGUGGAGUGGGGCAGACCUGAAGCACGCCUAUAGGACGGAGUGAGGAGCACCUGCUCUGCCUCGCAGUCAAGGAUCCUGCCGCACUCACCCGUGAGGUGCCUACCUCCACACAGCAGACAGGAUGACAUGGCGUCCUCAGUACCGCAGCUCCAAGUUCCGCCAUGUGUUCGGUAAGGCCGCCACCAAAGAGUACUGCUACGAUGGCGUGCCAAUCACACGGAGUGUCCACGACAACCAGUUGUGCGCCGUCAACCCACGCUUCCUUGCCGUCAUCACAGAAUGUGCUGGAGGCGGGGCUUUCCUGGUGCUGCCAAUCCAUCAUACUGGAAAGGUGGACCCGCAUCACCCCCGAGUGUCAGGCCACAGGGGGAACGUGCUGGACAUCAAAUGGAAUCCAUUUAAUGACUUUUGCAUAGCCUCCUGCUCUGAGGACGCCACAGUCAAAAUAUGGGACAUACCAAAGCAUGGAAUCCUGAAGAAUGUCACUGUGCCUACAAAAGAGCUCCAAGGGCAUUCACGCCGAGUGGGACUCAUCGAGUGGCACCCCACUGCCAGCAAUAUACUUUUCAGCACUGGCUAUGACUACCAGGUCAUGAUCUGGAAUUUAGACAGCCAAGAGCAAGUCAUGAAGAACCCUGUGCGGACAAUCAGCGUGCACCAAGACGUGGUUCUGUCCAUGUCCUUCAACAUGGACGGCAGCCGACUGGCCACCUCCUGCAAGGACAAGAAGAUCCGCAUCAUUGACCCUCGCACAGGAGCCCUGCUCCAGGAGAGCAACUGUAAGUCUCAUAAGGCCAGCAAAGUUCUCUACCUGGGGAACUUGAAGAUGCUCGUCUCCACUGGGUGCUCCAGAUGGAACCAUCGGCAGAUUGCACUGUGGGACCAGGAGGAUCUCUCGGUUCCUCUUUUGCAAGAAGACCUGGAUGGCUCUUCUGGUGUGAUUUUCCCCUUCUAUGACCCUGACACACACAUGUUGUAUCUGGCUGGCAAGGGUGAUGGGAACAUCCGGUACUAUGAGAUCAGCUCAGAGAAGCCCUACGUUCACUUCCUCACGGAGUACCGCUCGCAUCUACCUCAGAAGGGAAUGGGUUUCAUGCCAAAGCGCGGGCUGGACGUCUGCUCAUGUGAGGUUUUCAGGUUCUACAAGUUGGUGACAAUCAAGAGCAUCAUUGAGCCUCUCUCCAUGAUCGUUCCCCGCAGGUCGGAGACGUACCAGGAAGACAUCUACCCAAUGACUGCAGGAAAUGAGGCCGCCCUGACCGCAGAUGACUGGCUGGCUGGAAUGGACAAAGGCCCCGUGCUGAUGUCCCUGAAGCCAGGCAGCAAGGCAGACUCCCUGUCGGACCUGAUGUCAGGGAAGGCCCUGAGUGGCUCACUGGAGACACGGCGUUCUCAGAGCCGGCCCGGCCUGCUGCAGCUGUCCUACAUUCAGAACCAGCUGGAUGCUAAGGAGAACAAAGAGCCCCAGCCUUCCAAUCAGCUGCGGCCCUGGCAGGACGAGAAGAAUGGCAGUGCUGUCAGCAAUGGGCAAGAGCCUCCGCAAAACUCGCCACCCAAAACUGAGAAUGAGUUGCGACAGGUAUUCUACAGGCAGCAGGAGGAGAUCCGACGUUUGCGGGAGCUUCUGAGCCAGAGGGACGUGAGGGUUAUGCAGCUGGAGCUGGAGAUCAAAAACGUGAGGAACUCCCAAGCCUCCCACUGAGAGGAAGGCACACACACACACACACAAACACACACACACACACACACACACGCCUCAGAGCUCCAGCCUAACCCAGGGACCACUGUGCUGUAGUCUCAAGCCUCCUUUCAUUACUAUGGGGUACCAUAGCCCCAUCCUUUCAUACCGAACUUGCAAGCCAAUCCAUCAACCGUAUCAAGAGACUAGGCUUGCCCCACUACUGACAAACAAAGGCCCAUAGUGCCCCCACACACACACACAGAUAUAUAGAUAUACAUACAGUACAUAUAUCCCCACCUAUACCCCAGUCUUGUUUUAAAGCAACUUUAAUAUUAGAACAUUUUUGAUGUGCUAUAUAUCUCAGUGGGAUCAUCCCCACUGUGUUGUACAGUAUAUAGCCUCCCUCUGCAUUCUUUUCUAUGCCCAAAAGCUAUGCAAGUUUAAUGUAUUUUUGUGGCUGAUUUUAUUUUUUUUUGUUAUUAAAAAAUAAAAUGUAUGUGCCUGUUUUCACUGAAAAGAGUGUGUAUAUUUCAAAGUAAUCACUUACUUUAAAGGUGCUAUAUGUAGUUUUGGGGGGGUGGGUGCAACUAGACCGAUGAUAACAAUGUAACUCUAAAGGCAAAGUCAAAUAUUAUGCUUCUCAAAAUUCCCAAGCUUUGUUAAUCCCAAGCUUUUUAAUACUACACCUGUUAUUUUUGUUUAUGUUUUUAUUUUGUGAUGUUUUUUUUGUUUUUUUUCUUCUAAAUCCUCUGUCCUCUCCUCCACAGAAAAGGUAGUUGUUGAUGUCUAAGUGUAUCUCCUUGAUUUAAAGACAAGGCUUAUCAAUGUUGUACAAUGAAUUUACACUUGGAUGUCGAGGAUGGUAGAGGGCAAUAAAUACCAUAAAUGCAAUAUAGCACCUAUAAAGGAAUGUGGAAUCAGUGGAAGGGGACACAAUUACAUUUCCAGUUGCAAUCACCUCAGUGAUGUAGGGGUGACGACCAUGUUUUCAAAGGAAGGACAUCUUGUGAUGGUAUUGUACACUGAAAUGGUUGCCUCUUUGAUGUGUAAUGUGCUUAUUUAAACUGCUGUAUGUCUGAGUGGGCUGGUGUGUUGACAAAAGUAAGAGCUGCAAAGAUGUCAUGAGGAGACUUGCCAUGUGUUUGAUCUGAAUGUGGGUGUGUGGGUGCAAAGGCUAAACAUGUAAGCCUUGUAAGCUCCCCAGGGAAAAAAAGAAGAUGCACAAGUGAUGACAAUGAUGACCAGAUACUGUUUACUGCAUUUACUAGUCAGUCUACGGGUAGCCAGUAGGGUUGCAGUGUGUUUGAGUGGCCAUCUAUUUAUUUUCUACUUUGGAAAAAUGAAAUGGCCGAAUGAAUAAUGAUGAAAAGAUUCAGAGAAAUAUCCAAUGCUCAGAACAUAACUUAUCUUAGUAUCUACCCCUACGAGGAUUCCACGUUAAGUAUGCAUUGCACAGAAGUAGAACCCCUUCCCAAUGUGAGUUACUGCACAUUACUUAGUAGGGGGCUUCUCGUUUGAGCCGUCAUCUACUGAUCUAUCAGAGAAGUUUAUUAGAGUCCUGGUUGAUGUUCACAGCCAACAACACAGUUCAGGUAUAAUCCCUCGGUUGCAAUAGGUUUUCAACACUGCAGAGUUAAUGCACUAUGUCUGCACACUGUUCACUGUGUGUGUUGCCACAAUACAUAACAUGCUUUGCCAUUUACUUGCACACCGUUGUUUACAUGGUGCCACUAAAUAUGUUAAUAUCUUCAUUUCUACGUCAAUAUUCAUGUCCGGUGUCACCAAAAAAAUGUGCUGCAAUUCCAAUAAAUAUGUUUGAAUGUA